AUGGCUCAAAAGGCACGCAAGGACAGGGCAAGGGCCAACGCGGCGGCCCUGACGAACCUCCACAUCGGAAGCCUUGUGGUCAACACGCUGUUCGCACUAUUCAACCUGCUGUUCCGGAGGAGAUCGUUGCUACUCUACGUCCUCUUCUCAAUCCCGAGCUUUAUCUGCGAAUAUGUCUUGGAGUCGUCAGGUCGACCGAAGUACGACCCAUCAACAAACGCACUGAAGAUGGCGGGCGAGGACCUGUCUGCUCCUGGGCUCACUGAUUACAUGUUCGACGUCAUCUGGGUCACAUGGGCGUCUGCAGUCUUGGUCAUGUUCUUCGGUAAUUGGGGAUGGCUUCUAUGGGCUGUUGUGCCUGCCUACGGAGCUGUCAAGGGCUACAGUCUGUUCGGUGCGGCUCGGGGCAUGGCGGGCAUGCAGCAACAGCAGCAACAGCCGGAGGGUACGCCAGUAGCAGGCGGAAACCGCAAGCAACGACGUGCGGCCUGA